AUGUUCUCUACCCUCUCUGUUCCUCAUGUUCUCUACCCUCUCUGUUCCUCAUGUUCUCUACCCUCUCUUUUCCAGGGUGUUCCCCAGCUGCCCUGUGCCAAGGCGCUCUACAACUACGAUGGCAAGGAACCAGGAGACCUCAAGUUCAUCAAGGGUGACAUCAUCAUCCUGCGCCGGCAGGUGGACGAGAACUGGUACCACGGAGAGAUGGGGGGGGUGCACGGCUUCUUUCCCACUAACUUUGUGCAGGUCAUCAAGCCGCUGCCGCUGCCCCCCCCCCAGUGCAAGGCUCUGUACGACUUCGAGCUGAAAGACAAGGAGGCGGACAAAGACUGCCUGCCUUUCUCUAAGGACGACGUCCUGACGGUGAUCCGCAGAGUGGACGACAACUGGGCAGAGGGCAUGCUGGGAGACAAAAUUGGAAUAUUCCCCAUCUCAUAUGUUGAGUUUAACUCUGCGGCCCGUCAGCUGAUCGAGUUGGACAAGCCUUCAGAGUCCAGUGGAGACUCGGGGGAGGGGGCGUCCUCUCAGAUGAAUGGGAGAGCAUCAGAGAAGAAGAACAGCAAGAAGAGACACUCCUUCACCUCCCUCACCAUGUCCCACAAGCCCCUGCUGGCUCCGCCCCCUCAGAGGCACUCCAUGGAGAUCAGCGGCCCGGUGCUCAUCAGCUCCAGCAACCCCACAGCUGCUGCUCGCAUAGGGGAGAUCAGCGGGGGGCUGUCCUGCAGCGCUCCUUCACAGGUUCACAUUUGCACAGCUGGACUCAUCGUGACCCCGCCCCCCAGCAGUCCUGUUACCACGGCAACUGUCUUCACGUUCCCCUCGGAGUCGAGCUACACCUCCAUCUCCGUGGAUGCUCGCCCUCCUCCCCCCCCUCCCCCCCCUCAAUCCUCCGCUGAUGGUGCUGCGUUCUCAUUGGCUGCUGGUCAGAGACCCUCCCCCAGCGUCAGUGAUCAGAGCGGCAGACAGAGACCCACAGUCUACGUGGCGAUGUUCCCCUACGGCCCCCGUAAGGAGGACGAGUUGGAGCUGAGGAAGGGGGAGAUGUUCCUGGUUCUGGAGCGCUGUCAGGACGGAUGGUUCAAAGGGACCUCCAUGCACACCGGGAAGAUCGGAGUGUUCCCCGGGAACUACAUGAGCCCCGUCAGCAGGACGGCGUCAGGGAGCUCUCAGCCCAAAGUCCCCCUGACUCUGGCCGCUCAGGCGGGCCGAGGCGUCUCCAUUGUCAGCCCCUCGUCUGCAGGGGGGGCUCCAGACCCACAGAAAGGCCCUGCUAACCCCCCUCCCCCUGCUAACCCCCCACCCCCUGCAGGGCAGACAGCCACCGGCCAGCAGCCCAAAGCCCCCCCCCACCUCAGCUCCAUGAUGACCGUCAACCAGGCGAGAAACGCCGCCAGGACAGGAGCGUGUCAGGAGCGGCCCCCGGCGACCCCCCUGCAGCCGCCCCCCCCCCGGCUCUUACCUCCUCCCCCUGCAGCCCCCCCCUCUCAGUGCUGCAGCCGAGGGGGGGUGGCGGCGGCCAUGGGCUGUGCCGCCGCCUCGCUCACCCCCCCCAACGUCAGCGCCGCCUCCCUGGAGGAAGACGUGCUGAGACCCCUGGCCGUCAACAUCGCCCCCCCCUGCAGGCUGGACAAGGACGGCAAGAGAGAGAAGAAGAGCCUCCUGAAGCUGCUGUCCAAUAAGAAGAAGCCCCGCCCCUCUCCGCCCUCCUCCCCCACGCUGGAGGCGGAGCUAGCUGCUGCGGGGGAGGGGCUUCACGGUGCUUCAGGCCCUGAAACAACAGGCUCCUCCCCCUCCUCUGGGAUCCAGGACCCCGAGCCCCCCCCUCCAGAGGUCUCCUAUAGAAGGAGCGGCCCCUCAGAGGGAGGGGCUCCCAUCGCCCCGCCCCCCCGCCAGCCAUGCUCCUCCCUCCUCUCCCAGCACCAGGACAGCCGGCCAAUCAUCUGCGAGAGGUACAGGGUGGUGGUGUCCUACCCCCCUCAGAGCGAGGCGGAGCUGGAGCUGAAGGAGGGCGACGUGGUGUUCGUCCACCGGAAGAGAGAGGACGGCUGGUUCAAAGGAACGCUGCAGAGGAACGGACGCACGGGCCUGUUCCCCGGCAGCUUCGUGGACUCCAUCUGACAGAGAGCAUGCUGGGAAACACGCCGCACAACAGGGAGCAUGCUGGGAAACACGCUGCACAACAGAGAGGAUGCUGGGAAACAAACAGCGCCACCUCUGACACUUUAAAGAGAAAGGAACGGAGGCUGGAGACAGGAAGUGACGCUGGACAGUGAGAGGAGCGUUAUUUAUAUCUCUGUGGCGCUCAGCUGCGGGAUGUGUGCCUUGUACUGUUGCUCACUUUAAUGUACAUACGGACACGGAGAUGAUUAGUCCUGACCACCAGUAUGAGCGGCUCGUGUUACACACCUUAACUUAUUCCACUUCACACUGCAGGGGUCAAAGGGUUCAUGCAGCUUCAGAGGACCCUCUGUUCCUCUCUCCCCGUGUUGCUUUGAAGUCAAGAAGAUCACUUCAUUUUACUCUCCAGGGGGAACGAGAGGUCAGAGAGAUGGAGAAGAGUCUCAGUGAAGUGAAUGAAAACACGCUUUACAAACUCAUUUCUUUGGUCUCUCUUCUGUUUCGGUUUAAGUGGAUCCAUGACUAAGAGAGAAGCCUCCUAUAAAAGACAUUCAAUGACUACAAAUACACUCAGAACAAUCAGAGACACAGUGACGACUUCACACGGCCAGGAAGGCUACGAGGAGACAUGAAUACGCUAUGAAUAGAUGAAAAACAAACACACUCAAAACGGUAAAAAGACGUGUAAAGCAGAUUGACCAAUCAGAGACCCAGAACGAGUUUAAAGGCAGCCUUUGUAAAUCAGCUGUGUUCAUCUCCUCUGAAGCAGACGCCCUCACACGGAGUCCACUGCUUGCUCUGAGAAAUGCAAUUCACGGUGAAAAGUCACGUGUUUCUGACGAAGCGAUGAUGCAAUGGAUACAUGAGACGUGGGUUAGUCUGCAGGAGAUGUUUCAUAGAGUUUGAAACCGUAAGAACUUGAAUGCAACACGGGGCGUUAGCGGAGACCCAGGCGAUCAUACUUACUGAUCACUUUCCUCCUGCUGGGCAAUCUGUGUUUCUGAGGCGUCUCUGAAGCUGCAACGCGUCACAGCUCGGGCUCCAGAGACAGAACAGACCCCCCCUCUCUUUAAAGGAAUCACCUGAAGCUCAGUCUGCCUGUAGAAACACACCCUGAGCUGCAGGACUUACCUUUUCAUAACACUCCUAAGGAUCUGCAGCCACACGUUGCUUCUCUCUCUGAGCCGAGGAGACGUCUCUCUGCUGUUACAGACUCCUGAGGCUGCUCUCACACCGUCACUCACCCCCUGCACACAUCAGGAGACACCGUCACUCACCCCCUGCACACAUCAGGAGACACCGUCACUCACCCCCUGCACACAUCAGG